GACACCCCUCUUCUCUGUCUCCCCACUAGGAACAAAGAUUGCCCAUUGGGAGCUAGCUGUGUGUGUAUGGUAUAGGGAUAUUUUAGCCUCAGACUUGGAGCUGAUGUAUAGGGGGGCAGUCAUCUCUCUCCCUUAUUUCUUAAGCCAAACCCCAUCCCCCACUCAAGUGAAAGUACUUUGUCUCCUGCCCCUUCAUUCUGGGCACUCCAAACCUCCUCUGCCAUUUUUAGAAACCAAAUUUGGUGUGAGUAUGUUAAAUGUGUAUGAUAUAGGGGACUUUCCUAAUAAAUACUUACACCCAGUGUGCCUGACUUUAUUUAUUUAUUUAUUUGUUUAUUUAUUUUUGCGGUCUGUGGCUUUAAUGUAUGGGGGAAAGUGGAGAGUUGCUGCCUCUGGACUUGGAAAGGGUUGGGGGUAUCCUUGGGAUGGGAGAAGUCUGGGGAGAGAAAUUAGACGAAAGGCAUCUUGCAAGGCAGGCCUGCCCUUUAAGGUAAGUGUCCCUCCCCCAGGCUUUCAGCUACUGACCCUUGGCACCCCCCCACCCCUUUUGCUAAAAGUAAGAAGCCUGGAUCCUCUUGCAUUAGGGCUCCUGACGUCUCUGCUGCGGUCAGGUAAUGCCAACCUCUGUCACUGGGCUCUAGGCCAGAAGUGAGGAACCUAGCCUUCUCUCUGUAUAAGGGUUUCCCUUCCCUUCCCUAGUCUCUAGAUAUUUCUGGGUGGAGAAUAGGAAUGAACCAUACCCUUCCCAGUAGUCUAGGACUUGUGGGUUGUUAAGUCUAAUAAUGCUUGGCUCAGCUUUAGCAUUCUUGGAUCCUGGUCCUCACCUAAACUAAUUCCUGGAAGCAGGGCCACAGGGAGAUGAAGAGGCUAGUACUCGUCUCUCCACCUGGGGGGAGGAGGGUGUUUGGCAGGGGUGGGUGCUGUACUUGGAAAAAGAACUGGAAAGUGGGGAACAGUGGGUGUGAAAGGUGGCAAAGAUUAGAAGGUGGGGCAGUAGAUUCAGAAUCUGAGACCUGCACUCCCUAAAUUGGCCUUACUUAGUCAUAUGGUUCCCCAAAAGGGGCAGAGGGUAACCCUUCCCUGUCCAGUGCCCUUCGACCCUAGCACAGAGUCAAGUGAACCAUUAACUCCAGAUAUGAGCCCUCCUACCCUCACUCCGCCCCCAGACAGGUGUGUUAGGGUGGCAGUCCUGGCCUUCCUGACGUGUCUUACACUUCACUUUGGAGAUUCAGGAGGCUGAGGCCAGGCUUUCCCUCACAGGACUCCCAAACGAAGAGCUCCCCAAGAGAACCAGACAGGAUCUAUCCCUAGAGACUGACAGACCUGCGUGGAAAGUUCUCACACUGCUAGUGUGGGUGUGCUAGGCCCCAGGAUGCCCCAGAGGGAAUAGAAGUCCAACACUUGAAGCCUCACCUGUGGGGACUACCUUCCCAUUCUCCUGCUCCACCAUGGGGCCCCUGUUGGCUGGACUGUGUGUUUGGGUGGCUCUAGGGUGGGUGGGGGGUUUGGACCCCUCCACAGCUCCUGUAGCUCCCUUGGGUCCUGCUGAACAGGAGCAGGGACAUUAUCUGGCACAGCUGUUUGGCUUAUAUGGAGAGAAUGGAACCCUGAGUAUCAGUGGUCUUGCCAGGCUCCUUCAUAGCCUAGGCCUGGGUCGGGUUCAGGGACUUCGACUGGGACAUUCAGGACCCACAGGGGGUAGGGCUGGCCCCCCCCCUGGGGACAAUUCCACACACAGGUACUAACCCCCUGGGCUGAGUGUGGAUGUCUGGACAGGAUUACCCCUGGGACCCUCAGAAUGGAGGGAUCCAGAGAAGCCAGGGGCCUCCCACUUGCCCCAGGGGCCACCAUCUCCUGGUCUUGGCCUCUUUCACAGGCUGCUGCUGCUGGACCAUUCACUGUCUGACCAUCUUAAUGAGGAUUGUCUAAAUGGCUCCCAGCUUCUCGUCAAUUUUGGCUUAAGCCCAGCCACUCCACUGACUCCCCGUCAGUUUGCCCUUCUGUGCCCAGCCCUGCUCUACCAGAUCGACAGCCGAGUCUGCAUCCAGACCCCAGAUCCUUCCCCUCAAGGGGACUUACUGUCAGCCCUGGCCUAUAGUGCUCUGGCUGUCCUGGUGCUCAGCGCUCUGGCUCCCUUCUCCAUACUCCUGUUACGACUCCUGGGGUCCUGGCUGCUGCAUCCUCUGCUGGGCUUCUUGGGGGCACUGGCUGUGGGCACACUUUGUGGAGAUGCUCUGCUGCACCUGCUGCCGCACGCUCAGGGCGGACGUCAUGGGGGGGACCUAGGACCUGGAUUAGCUGUGCUGGGAGGCCUCUUCCUCCUCUUUGUCUUGGAGAAUCUACUUGGGAUUUUUCGGCAUGGUGGGCUGCAAUCAAGAUGCUGUAAGCAAACAAGAAGAGGUCCUGGAAUUCAGGACCUAGAAAAUGGCAGGGGAACAGUUCUUCAGCCCUUGAGGGAAGGCCCAGAUGCUGUGACUGAAGGACCACAGGAGCUGGGUGGCCAACUUUCCCCAGGCCCACUCCCACUCCAACAUCACGGACAUAGCCAUGGGCACCCAAGCCGUGGGAAUGCUCAAGUCACAUGGAUGGUCCUGCUGGGAGAUGGACUUCACAACUUCACUGAUGGGCUUGCCAUUGGGGCUGCCUUCUCUGAUGGUUUUUCCAGUGGUAUCAGCACUACCCUGGCUGUCCUCUGCCACGAGCUUCCCCAUGAAUUGGGUGAUUUUGCUAUGCUACUCCAGGUUGGGCUACCCUACAAAAGGCUUUUGCUGUUAAGCUUGGUGUCAGGGGCCCUGGGGCUGUGUGGUGCAGCCCUAGGAGUGGGUCUCAGCCAGGGCCCUGCCCCAUUCACUCCCUGGGUUUUCGGGAUCACUGCUGGGGUCUUCCUUUAUGUGUCGCUUGUGGAUAUGCUACCUACCCUGCUUCAUCCCCCAGAACCCCUGCCUACAUCCCACAUCCUGCUGCAAGGGCUGGGACUGCUGCUGGGUGGAUGCCUCAUGCUGACUAUUGCCCUGUUUGAGGAGCAGCUGCUUCCCCUGCCCUUAGAUGGCUGAAGUGGAACCACAGAAGGAGGGGGUCAUGGUUCCUCUCCUUUCCCCACCGCCCCCCUCCACCCCAGGAACAGAGGCCGGACACAGGGCCAAUAGGAGCAAUAGGACUUUAAUAAACAGAACCCAUCCCAAAGCCA